AUGGCUUCGUCUAUCAAGUUUUAUGGAGACUUUGUCUCUCCCUACACCGUCAUCUGUCUGUUUGCACUCCAUGAAAAGGACUUACUAUUCGAUUUUGUCGACGUCAAACUCCUAUCCCCUGAGACUGAUAUGCCGAAGGGCGUGUCGUCAGGAUAUGCGGUAAUUAUCCGCUCCUCCCAAGAACAGACGGAGACGCUAUAUGUGCUGACAAAAUGGAUCACGAUAGAGAGUCGGGCCAUUUCCCGGUGGUUGGCAGUCAAAUACGCGAACAAAGGGACGCCUCUUUUACCGAGGCUAGAUGACCCCGAGGCCGUUAUCCGAUUCGAGGAGGCCGCUUGUUUCGAGUCUCCAUAUCUCGCCACUCCUACAGGGACGUACACGAGGGAGAAACGUGUGAAGCCGUAA